GAAGGUGGAUCUAUUAAACCUCCCGGCGGUCUCUCCAAGUGGACCAAAUCUCCAGCAUGGAUGUAAGAUUUUACCCGGCUGCGGCAGGCAGCGCGCUCCCCGGAGACCCCUCCAACCUGGACUUUGCCCAGUGUUUGGGUUACUACAACUACAACAAGUUUGGAAACAAUAACAACUACAUGAACAUGGCAGAAGCAAAUAAUGCAUUUCUUGCUGCAAAUGAGCAGACGUUCCAUACGCCAAGCCUUGGGGACGAGGAGUUUGAAAUCCCACCCAUUACCCCCCCGCCCGAAUCAGACCCUGCACUGGGCAUGGCAGAUAUCCUGCUCCCCUUUCAGGGCCUUGCAGACCAGCUGCCUGCACAAGGAAAUGAAUUUACACCUCAGUUUCCCCCCCAGAGCUUGGAUCUUCCCUCUAUUACAAUAUCCCGGAAUCUCGUGGAGCAAGACGGCGUCAUCCACAGCAAUGGACUGCAUAUGGAUCAGAGUCACACACAAGUUUCCCAGUACCGCCAGGAUCACUCUCUGAUUAUGAGAUCUAUUGUCCAUAUGACUGAUGCUGCUCAUUCGGGAAUUAUGCCUCCAUCUCAGCUCACCACCAUUAACCAGUCUCAGCUGAGUGCGCAGCUGGGGCUAAAUUUAGGAGGCACUAAUUUGCCACACACUUCUCCCUCCCCUCCUGCAAGUAAAUCAGCCACUCCUUCCCCAUCUAGCUCUAUCAAUGAAGAAGAUGCAGAUGAAUCAAACAGAGCUACUGGAGAAAAAAGAGCUGCCCCAGAUUCUGGCAAGAAGCCCAAGACUCCAAAGAAGAAGAAAAAGAAAGACCCCAACGAGCCACAAAAGCCAGUGUCAGCAUAUGCCCUUUUCUUCAGGGACACACAAGCUGCAAUUAAAGGACAGAACCCGAAUGCUACAUUUGGAGAUGUUUCAAAAAUAGUGGCAUCUAUGUGGGACAGCUUAGGAGAAGAACAAAAACAGGUAUAUAAAAGAAAAACUGAAGCUGCCAAAAAAGAAUACCUAAAGGCACUUGCUGCCUACAGAGCAAGCCUUGUUUCUAAGGCUGCUGCAGAAUCUGCUGAGGCCCAGACAAUUCGUUCUGUUCAGCAAACACUGGCAUCCACAAAUUUGUCUUCCUCCCUUAUUCUGAAUAGUUCUCUUUCUCAACACGCGACGGUGUCGGCGUCUCCCCAAUCUCUCCAGCAGCCCCUUUCCAGAGCAAUUGCUCCAAAACCCUUGACCAUGAGACUGCCAAUGAAUCAGAUUGUAGCCUCUGUUACCAUUGCACCAAACAUGCCGACAAACAUUGCAGCUCCCUUGAUAAGCUCCAUGGGCACAAACAUGGUGGCAACGCCGUCCUCAUCUCAAGUCAGUCCCUCCCUGCAAAGCCAGCAGCACCAGAUGCAGCAGCUCCAGCAACAGCAGAUGCAGCAGAUGCAGCAGCAGCAGCUACAUCAGCAUCAAAUGCAUCAGCAAAUACAACAGCAAAUGCAGCAGCAGCAUUUUCAGCACCACAUGCAGCAACAUUUGCAGCAGCAGCAGCAUCUUCAGCAGCAGAUUAAUCAGCAGCAAAUGCAACAGCAACUGCAGCACAUACAGCUUCAGCAAAUGCAGCAGCAGCAAAUGCAGCAUAUGCAACACCAGUCACAGCCUUCUCCUCAGCAGCAUUCUCCAGGAGCCCCGCAGAUCACUUCUCCCAUCCCUGCCAUUGGGAGCCCUCAGCCAGCACCUCAGCAGCACCAGUCACAAAUACAAUCUCAGACACAGACUCAAGUAUUGUCGCAGGUCAGUAUUUUCUGAAGAUAAAUGAUCUUGCAACAUGGCUUUGUGUUGAUGGAGGGGUUAGGGGUAAACCAUAUUUGGCUGAAAACUGUAAAUUGUUGAUGGUAGUUAUGCAGGGAUGCAUAACAGAUCAAAUGAUCCUCUAAAGUGUCUAUUAGAUAGGCAAUAAAGAACUACAAUGUAGCUGUGUAUCAUCUUUUAGCUGACUAUAAAUCAUUUUGUUUAAAAAAAAAAAUGCUGUUCUCUUUUUCAUGUGAUGCCUUUUUAAUUUAUUUAAGCUUUACCUACAAUAUGUGAAUCAACUGGCCUAAUAAAUACCUGGACCUUAUGACUGCAAAA